AUGAGCUCAAAAAUGCAAGUAGAAAUCAUCGGAUUAAUUAAAGAUCAUGGUUUCCAUGUCGCCAAAACUAUUGCAGAGGAUCUCAAACAGAAGUUUCCUGACGUUUUCCUGGAACCAAAGAUUCAACCAUUCCUUGAAUGUGACUGGCGUGCAUUUCUUCAGAACAAGAAAAUGGAGCUGCGUGGUGAAGUGUGGCAGUAUUCCAGCAACCUGAUGUGCUUUCUCAACGGCCUUCUCCUUGGCGAUGAGAACAGUCUCAUCGACUGGGCCAAAGACCAGUGGAGGAUCUCUUUGAACCAGCCAAAGGCUUUCUUCAAGGCUCUUGCAGAUGAUUGCUACACCAAACAUCUCAAGAAAACUGGGCACCGUUUUGUCUUUAUGGACCUGUUGAUAGAAGAAGAGGUAGCUGGAAGGCUACUGUUUGAGUUGUUUUCAGAUAUUUGUCCAAAAACGUCAAAGAACUUUGAGGCUCUGUGCACAGGAGAAAGAGGCCUGUCACAGAGUGGCUUCCCUCUUUGCUACAAAGGCUCUGUGUUUCAUCGUGUGGUGCCCAAUGGCUGGGUGCAAGGAGGAGAUAUUUCUCCAGAAAAGAAAGGAGAUGGAGGGGAGUCAAUCUAUGGCCAAACUUUUGAAGAUGAGAGCUUCGCCAUCUCCCACUCCAAACGGGGCAUUUUAGGAAUGGCCAAUAAGGGUCCACACAGCAACGGAUCCCAGUUCUACAUUACCCUGCAGCCCACACCCUGGAUGGACAGGACCUAUGUUGCCUUUGGUCAGGUGGUUGAGGGUGUGGAUGUCCUCAGAAGACUAGAAGAAACCCGGACCUGCAAUGAAAGACCAAAAUAUGAAUGUAAAGUUACAGACUGUGGAGUGUUAAAGCUUUAG